UUGACGGAGUGAGGUUGUGUAAUCUCAUGAUAAUUUAAGUAACUUUGGUAUAAAAUAAUUUGUUUAUUAUCUCUUUGAUUCCUGAGUAGUGUUAGUCAACGCUGUUUAUUAAACAAGCUAUUAAAAAUGUCAGUGACAGGUAUAAACCGUGCUAUUAUAAUGACAUCGAUUGUCGGUAUAUUGGUGUCGACGUAUGCACUGUACGUGGAGAUGGCAGCUGAGGCGCGGCCCGGCUACAAGGCCCUCUGCGACCUUUCUGAACACGCGAGUUGUACACGAGUGCUUACAUCUGAAUUUUCUAAAGGAUUUGGAUUUGUGCCCGAAGAUUCAUCUUUCGAGGUUCCUAACUGUAUAUACGGGAUCGUCUUUUAUUGCAUUGUGAUAUUUUUAUCAACAUAUGAUCACGCAGCAGUAGUGCGGCUGCAACAGUUCCUGUGCCUAGCAGCGAUGGCGUCCUGUGUGUACCUCGCUUACCUCUUACUAUUUGUACUGUUAGAUUUUUGUAUAGUUUGCGUUUCAACGUAUGUAGUUAAUGGUAUGCUUCUAGUCUUUGUAAACAAGAAGAAAAAUUUCCUGUCUGCCAAAAAUAAAUAAGCGAAUUACAAAGAUUGAAAUAAAAUAAAUGUGCAAGCUUUA